UUGGAGGUCGCAAAAUGCAGGAUCAGGCCGCGCCGUCGAUGGAGUAUGUCAGGUCGUUGAUUAGGCGUUACGACGGUUUUCCGAACGAGAAGGUUGUGUUUCGAGACAUACACCCGAUUGUAUACGAUCCGCGGGCGCGCAGGUGGAUCAAGGAUUUUCUGACGGAGAGAUACAAAUCGCAGAGGCUCGACGCGGUGUUGGGGUUGGAGUCUAGGGGGUAUUACUUUGGGUUGCUGUUGGCGGACGCGCUGGAGCUUCCGUUCGUGCCGUUCCGGAAGGCGGGGAAGCUCCCGGGGGAGUGCGGCAUGCGUUCGUACAGCACGGAGUAUGGGGAGUGCACGAUAGAGGUGCAGAAGGAUGCGGUGAAGAGUGGAUGGAGAGUGGCGAUUAUAGACGACAUCAUAGCGAUGGGGGGGACGGCGAAGGCGUCGUGCGAGUUGGCGAGAGAGUUGGGGCUUGAGGUGGUGGAGUUUUUCGUGGUGGCGGAGUUGAAGGAUCUGAAGGGGAGGAGUCGCUUGUCGGGGGAGGUUCCAUUUUUUUCGCUGUUCGAGUUGUGAGGUGGGGGUUGGAGUGGCGUUGUUGUGUUGUAGAGAGGAGUAGAGCGC